AUGAUAGCUACUAGACUAUCUGUUUUACGUCAAUUCAAUACUACUUUAUUGAGAAAAAGCCUUAACAGUACUAAUAAUAAUACCUUUAAAGUCAUUACCAGAUUAAAUUUCUCGACAAAACCUGUAUUGCAUAAUACUUCUUCUCCUUCUCCUUCUCCUUCUUCAUCUCCAUCUUCAGGUUCUUCAUCAAACCGUAAAAAAAAGUUUUUCAUCGGUUUAGCAUCUUUAGCUGCUUUAGGUAUAUGUUAUAGAUGGUAUACAGGUAAAUGUCCUCGUGAUUGUGAUUUCAUCUCUGUUCAUGAGGAUUUAAAACCAUACGCAACCCACUUAAAUACAAAGGAUAUCCCCUUCCAACAUAACUAUACACUAUUGGGCUCUGGUGUAAGAACCCUUUCGAUCUCCUCCUAUAAAGUCUAUGGCAUGGGUAUCUAUAUAGCAGACGAUGACUUGCCUUUAGUCUCAAAAGUCCUUGACACAACCUAUUUGUCAACAACUUUUAUCGAUGAUCCUGAAUUUAAAAACUUAUCCCACAAACAAAAGAUUAAGUUAGCGUUAAACGAUCCAGUUAAAUCCGAAAUCAUUAUUAAUUCUUUGUUGGACGCUGGGGUGAGAUUCUUAAUUGAAAUGACCCCUAUCAUUAGAUCUAAUUUGACUUUUGUUAGAGAAGGUGGGAUCGUGAAGUGCUUAAAAUCUUCUCCAGAGUAUACUAACCCAAGCAAAUACCCAGGUGCUCGUGAUUUAAUCAAUGCUGGUGUAGAUGAAGUUAGAAAAGCAUUUACACAAAAGGGAUCUUUGGUAGUAAAUGACGAUUUGAUUAUGGAAUUAAAGAAGGAUAAUGUUUUACAAUUCUAUUAUUACAACGUUAAAAAGAAUAAAUUUUUCGUCAUGGGUCAAGUUAAUGAACCACUGAUUGGAAAAAUUCUAUUUAGAAGCUAUCUAAGUGCGAAUAAACCUUUAUGUGAAGAUGCUAGGCAAAAUUUUGUUAAUGAAAUCACUGAGUUAAUUUAA